AUGCCGAAGACUUGGAUGAGGCCAUCACACUUCAGAGGGAAGCGCUGGCAUUGUGCCCUAAGCAAUGCUGAAGACUUGGAUGAGGCUAUUGCACUUCAGAGGGAAGCGCUGGCAUUGUGCCCUUUCGGUCACACAUAUCGGUCCUCGUCAUUGAAUAAUCUUGCGAAUCGACUCUUCACCCGCUUUCAUCACCGAGGCGAUGUCGAAGACUUGGAUGAGGCUAUUGCACUUCAGAGGGAAGCGCUGGCAUUGUGCCCUGUCGGUCACACAGAUCGGUUCUUGUCAUUGAAUUAUCUUGCAACUCGACUCUCCACCCGCUUUGAUCAUCGAGGCAAUGCCGAAGACUUGGACGAGGCUAUCACACUUCAGAGGGAAGUGCUGGCAUUGUGCCCUGUCGGUCACACAGAUCAGUCCUUGUCAUUGAAUAAUCUUGCGACUCGACUCUCCACUCGCUUUGAUCAUCGAGGCAAUGCCGAAGACUUGGAUGAGGCUAUUGCACUUCAGAGGGAAGCACUGGCAUUGUGCCCUGUCGACAAUGCCGAAGACUUGGAUGAGGCUAUUGCACUUCAGAGGGAAGCGCUGGCAUUGUGCCCUGUUGGUCACAGAGAUCAGUCCUCGUCAUUGGGUGGUCUUGCGGUUCAGCUCUCCGCCCGCUUUGAUCACCGAGGCAAUGUUGAAGACUUGGAUGAGGCUAUCGCACUUCAGAGGGAAGCGCUGGCAUUGUGCCCUGUUGGCCACACAGAUCGGUCCAAGUCAUUGAAUCAUCUUGCGAUUUAUCUCUCCACCCGCUUCGAUCACCGAGGCAAUGCCGAAGGCUUGGAUGAGGCUAUUGCACUUCAGAGGGAAGCGCUGGCUUUAUGCCCUGUCGGUCACACAGAUCAGUCUGCGUCAUUGAAUAAUCUUGCGACUCAACUCUCCACCCGAGGCAAUGCCAAAGAUCUCAAUGAGUCACGAGACAAUCUCCGCUGUGCCUUAACUCUGUCUAUGCAACAUGAUUCUCGUCAAUUACAGGUCCAUAUUUUGCUAGCUAAUGUCUAUCUGUCCUUCCAUCAAUCAGGACUUGACGGCACUGUCCCAGGUGAAGAUACUAACAAUAUGAAUGCUGCCAUGCAUCAUUUCAAGGCAGCAGUAAAUGUCGUCCUUGCAGGUUUUCUAUGUCGCCUGCAAGCAAGUCUGCGCUGGGUUGGUCAUGCUAGCCAACAUUCACAUGGUACUCAGCUAGAGGCUUAUGCGACUUCCAUGCAACUUCUAGACACUUACAUGUCCACCACAGCUUCAGUAUCGUCUCGUCAUAAUGCUAUGAAGGACUUUCCGGGUACGCUUGCCGUAGAUGCUGCAUCAUGUGCUCUUCGUAGCGGUGAUACUCGCGGGGAUCAUGCAGUGGCCCUGAUGGAGAGAUUCAGAGACCUCAGCUCCCUCCUUGAUAAAUCUCCUGCGAGUCAUCCAGAAGGGUCCCGAAGCAUUGCUGCAGAAGCAGAAGCAACCCGGUACAGACGUCUAGUGGAAGACUGGAAUAGAGUUGUGGAAGAGAUCCGGAAGGUCGAGGGCUUCUCUCACUUCCUACUUCCUCCUUUGUUCUCUGAUCUUCAAGAUGCAGCUCGUGAUGGACCCGUGAUCGUGUUGAUCGCAAGCGAGUCGUCUUGCAAGUGCCAUUAUUACUGGUUGCUUGCACUCCAGGAGGGAAUUAAUAAAGAGGCCAGUCCUAAAGGGAACCAACCAGCACUGACGAAAGCCUUGAGGGAGUUGUGGAACGACGUCGUUCAACCCAGUGGUCGAGAUUCUUGGCGGAUGUACAUGACGAGGUUCCCGAAUAUGGUGGUGCCCGACGUCUCUCUUCAAUUUCUUGCCAUUGCACGCUGCCGGCGAGUAUAG